AUGGAAUACUUCCACUCCAACGGUUGGCAGAGCCCCAAAAACGGCCUAGACGGGCCAUUCCAGUUCGCACACAACACACCAGCUCACUACUUCGAUUUCCUCAACUCUAACCCAUAUUACCAUCAAGCCUUCAACACGGUAAUGAGCAUGCCCUUCCGGCGAACUGGCAAAGACUGGUUCGAGUUCUUCCCGGUCGCACGACUGCGCGUGGAAGACCAGUCCGACCCACUCAUUGUUGACAUAGGCGGAAGCCAGGGCGAAGACCUGAAAAAAUUCCAAAAUUAUUUCCCAGACUUACCAGGCAAACUGAUUUUGCAGGAUCUGCCCGCUGUGGUCGCUGGCGUUGAUCUCCCGGGGAUCGAAGUCAUGGCUCACGAUUUCUUCAAGGAACAGCCCGUCCGCAACGCGAAGGCUUAUUUUUUACGGACUGUUUUGCAUGAUUGGCCUGAUAUGCAGGCCGUGCAGAUCCUGCGGCGGCUGCGUGUCGCUAUGGGGGCUGAUUCGCUGCUGUUGAUUAGUGAGACUGUUUUGCCUGAAUCUGGGGUUGCGUUGUCUGCUGUUUUGUCCGAUUUGCAUAUGAUGGCUACUUAUGCGUCGCUGGAACGGACGGAAACGCAGUGGAGGUCUUUGCUUGAGAUGGCUGGCUUCGAGUUGGUGAAGGUUUGGUUGCCUGAGGGUUGCGAUGGGCCGAGAACUUUGGCUGAUCAGCCUACUUUAUUCGAGGCGAGGCCUAACUAG